CUCAAGGCACAACAACGCUUUAUUCGCAAGGGCAAGUGGUCCGUGUGCAACUGGCAGCAUUUGACAUCUGACGGGAAGCAUGAAACGAUUCUUGCGUGUGCCGUCGACCAUCGCAGGGUACAGUCGUCGACGGUACACCACCAUGGGUCUUCUCAUGGACGUUCCGCCCGAGUGUCUCAAAGUAACCGAGCCGUCGCCCCAGGACACGCCCAAGUUGAACUCGUUCACGGAAAUGUUUCGCAGCAUGUCUCCGUACAUAAACGUCCAUCGUGGCACGACGAUGGUGAUUCACUUGUGCGGGGAUCUCAUCGAGUCGCCCUUGUUUCCCACGACCAUGCAAGACAUUGCGCUUUUGAAUUCGUUUGGCAUUCAAAUCAUCCUCGUGGCAGGGUCCCGUCCUCAAAUCGACACCCGACUUGUCCAUCGCGAUAUUCCGCAUGUCGUCAAGCGCGGCUACCGCGUCACGGACGCUGACGUGCUGGCGUGCGCCAUGGAUGCAGCCGGGUCCGUUCGAUUUCGUAUUGAAAGCGCGCUUGGACGCGGCAUUCUCAACGCUCCUGGCGACAGACAAACCAUCAGCAUAUCCAGUGGCAACUACGUCCUCGCGCAGCCGGUGGGGGUCCGAGGAGGGGUCGACUACAAGUUUAGUGGAGAAGUGCGCCGCGUCAACGACAAGAAGAUCAACGCGGCACUGGACGGAGGCGACAUCGUGCUGCUCUCGGACAUUGCAUACAGCGCGUCGGGCGAAGUGUUUCACAUCUUGUCUGAGCAAAUCGCCGCCAAAUGCGCCGUGCAGAUGAACGCGGACAAGCUCAUCUUCCUCCACGACGGCGAAGUCAUGGUGGACGUCCGCAACCACCAGGUCGUGCACACGCUGCUCAUCCGCCAGGCCCAGCAGUACCUGGAACUAGCGUCGUUGGACCCGACCCUCAACCCCAACUUCAUUUCGUACUUGAAACACGCAACCAAGUCGUGCAUCAGCGGCGUGAAGCGCUCGCAUUUGGUGUCACGACAUACGAACGGCGCGCUGUUGCAAGAAUUGUUCACUCGAGAUGGGGAAGGCAUCAUGAUUUCCAAGGAAAUGUACGAAGGCGUGCGCAUGGCGCGCAGCGCCGACAUCCCUAGUAAGCCCCCCCCCAUGGCGACCAACCCCACCGCCGCGACGCCGACGUAGCCAUCCUCGUCGUACUCAUCUACAAGUGUUGGAUAUGUGUGUGUAACUAGGCAUCAUGCGGCUCAUUCAGCCCAUGCUAGACGACGAUAUCCUCGUGUCGCGGUCCCAGGAACAGAUUGAAUCGAACGUGCACAUGUUUACAGUCGUCGAGCGCGACGGGGCGAUCAUUGCAUGCUGCACUUUGCAGCCGUACGAAUCCAACUUUGCUGAAAUGGCAUGUGUGGCCGUGGACCCGGCCUACCGCAAACUCGGCAAGGGCAAUGCGCUGCUGGGGUUUAUUCUUCGCAAGGCGUCGGCGAUGGGCGUGAAGAGCCUGUUCGUGCUCACCACGCGAACGUCUCACUGGUUUAUGGAGCGAGGGUUUGCUCCCGCCCAAGUCACCGACCUGCCGCGCACCAAGCAGGCGUCCAUCGACCCGACCCGCCAAUCCAAGGUGUACAUUAUGGACAUUAGCAGUCGCCGCAUGGUUGAGGAAAAAGAGUUGCUGUUGCUGUAAUGCCACAAGGGUGGGCUGGAGUAUUAUUAUGUACAACUUCCUGUCCAGUAGGUAGAAUAAUGUGUUGGUGUAGCCUACCUACCUAGCCCUUGGCUGGAUUUGGAUCAAAUGAAGGAUAGAUAG